UCCCUAAUGAAAAUGUUUGAGAGCAUUGACUCUACAGCCACUAGAUCUGGCCGGGAUCUCUGGGCUGAAAUCUGUUCCUGUCUGCCAAAUCCUGACCAGGAGGAUGGUGCCAACAACGCUUUCUCAGACUCCUUUGUGGAUUCUUAUCCUGCAGGCGAAGGCCAGAGGGAGGCAGCAGACUUUGCUGUCCAGCCAUCUCCACAGCCUUGGGCCCCCUUGCGGGAUUCAGAAGUAUAUUUAGCAUCUCUAGAAAAGAAACUGAGAAGAAUCAAAGGUUUAAAUCAGGAAGUGACCUCCAAGGACAUGCUUCGAACCCUAUCCCAGGCCAAGAAGGAAUGCUGGGAUCGGUUCCUCCAAGAGAAGUUAGUGUCAGAGUUCUUUGUGGAUGGACUUGAUUCUGAUGAGAGCACCUUGGAACAUUUCAAGAGGUGGCUCCAGCCAGAUAAAGUAGCCAUCAGCACAGAAGAGGUGCAGUAUCUGAUUCCUCCAGAGUCACAGGUUGAGAAGCCAGAGGCCGGGGACGAGCCAGCAGCAGCGGAACAGUAAAUUACAUGCACACA